GCUAGGGCUUGUGGGAUUGUCAUCCAUCGCGGCGCGCGUGCCCGGGGCGAGCUGCGCCUUGAGCAGGGUGAUCAUGGCGAACGCUUCGCCAGGCCGUCGUCAAGCUGAGGAGCUGAUCUGUGACGACGAUUCGAGCAAGGAGCAUGCUGCCAAGAAGCUCAAGGCCAUUGCGCUUCCGGCGAUUGACGAAGCAGCGAAGGAAGAAAACGAUCAAAACGAAAACCUGGAGAAACAAUGCGGAGGAGGAGGAGAAGUUCCAAAUGGAAAGCCUCUGUCCAAGAAUGCACAGAAGAGGCUCUUGAAGCUAGAGAAGAUGGCGCAGAAGAAGAAGGACAUGAAGGCCCGGGAGAAGGAGAGGAAGAAGGAGCGUAAGGAGAAAAAAUCGCAGGAAUGGGCAAAUCUCUCCACGGAAGAGAAAGAGGCCGCAAUUCAGAGGAGCAAGGAAGCCAGCCGCGUCCGUGCGGAAGAAAACAACAGGAGGAAAGAAAAACUCAACAAGGCGCUCGAGGCUGGCCAGAACCUGGUGAUCGAUUUCCAGUUUAGCGACCAGAUGACCGACCAAGAGAUAGCAAACAUGAGCCAGCAAAUCAUGUAUUGCUAUGCUGCGAAUGCCCGAGCUCCCGUAUCCGUGCGCCUAUCGCUCACGUCUCUGGGAAGAAUGAAGCAAUACCUCGAGAACGUACCAGGCUAUCAGAACUGGAAGCUACACAGGGAGGAGACGUCCUACAUGGAAGUUUUCGCGACUAGGACACAGGAUCUGGUCUAUCUCACGGCAGACUCGGAAACAAUACUGGAGAGCCUCGACGACUCAAAGAUCUACAUCAUCGGUGGAGUGGUGGAUCACAACAGGCUCAAGUGUCUUACUUUGAACAAAGCCAAGGAGCAAGGAAUUGCGACUGCUCGGCUGCCUAUCCAGGAGAACGUGAAGCUCACAACCUCCACGGUACUCACCGUCAACCAGGUGGUGGAGAUCAUACUCGAGUACCUGGAUAGUAAGGACUGGGUGAAGGCCUUAACAUCCAUUAUACCACAGAGAAAGGUUGCUCAGUAGUAUGGUGGUGAGUUUUUGACAACUUGAAAGAAGGAGCUCUACAAAACGCUCUUUGGGAGAGAUUCUUUCCGAGAAUUUUUGUUCUCUCGACCUGUGAAGAAAAACCUUUCCAAUCUAAACUUUGCCUAACGUAUCUGCCAAGUCAAUGAACAUGAAAUUUAUGUAAUGGAACACAUGAUGGAGAUUGUAACAUUUA